AUGGCAUCAAUAGGCCCCCAACUACCCCCGGACCUCACAAAACGCAAACGCACCUCCACCUCCCCCAAUCCAUCAUCACCAUCCGCAAAACAAGCCCGCCACUCCCCCCUCAACACCAACGAAAUCUACCUCUCCGACUCAGACUCCGACUAUGGUCCAUCCGCUCCCGCAAAAGCCAAAGCCACAAUCGGACCAUCCCUCCCGUCUACAAAACAAAACGACCAAGAAAUAGACCUCUCUUCCGACUCAGACACCGGUCCCAAACCACAACCGCAACCACAGCCCUCGUCGCAACCACAUCCAAACGAAGACUCCUCAUCAGACUCAGACUACGGCCCGUCCCUCCCAACAUCAACAUCCAAGCGUCCAACCCAAGGCCCUUCGCUGCCCUCAUCCCAAGCCCCCCAACGAGACACAUGGAUGCUCGCACCCCCCACAUCAACAUCCUACACCGAACGUGACCCAACACGCAUGCGCAACCGCAAAUUCGCAUCCAAACCGACACCUACAUCCUCCACACCCACAAUAUGGACCGAAACGCCGGAAGAAAAGCUCAAGCGCCAAAAGGACGCGCUCCUCGGCCGCACCACCGAAACAACACCACGCCGCAAAACCGAACAAGAUGAGCGGGAUCGCAAAAUCGCCGAAAACAUAGAAGCCCACAGAGGGAAGAGUCUGUACGACGAACACGCCACCAAGAGGAAAGGGGAGGGGAGGGCGGCAGAGGAGGACGACGAUCCUAGCAAGAGGGCGUUUGAUAGGGAGAAGGAUAUGGCUUUGGGGGGGAAGAUUGGCGAGAAGCAGAGGAGGGAGUUGAUUAGCAAGUCUGCUGGAUUUGGGGGGAGGUUUCAAAAGGGUUCGUUUUUGUGA